CAGACAUAGAGGAGGAAAAAAGCAAAGUGAUCCAUUGAACCAGAGUCUUUGCCCUCCUUUAAUUACACCGACUCCCAUAUCUUUUUCACGUUUUUUUUUUUUUUUUUCACCCAGUGUUUGAGACUUCGGGGCUAGUAGUGGUAAUUAGCAAGGAGAGAAUAAAACCAGCUGAUCGGGAGAGGGGUGGUGCAUUUUGGAGCGAGAUGGCUAACAGAAACAUUCUGUUGCUCUUCUGUGGACUCUUCCUCUUAGCACUGCUUCAGCCCUCUCUACAAGGAGGUGUGUACAUACCACCUGGUGCUGGGUUUGGACCUGGAGGAGCUGGACCAGGAACUGGAUUCUUUCCAGGAGCUGGAGGAGUCCCUGCAGGCUAUAAACCAGCUAAAGCUGCAGUAGGAGGUUAUGGAGGUGCAGGCCGAGGUGUUGUCCCAGGUGGUGUGGUACCAGGAGGUGCUGGAGGUCUGGGCUUUGGAGGACUGCCAGCAGGACAAGGUGGAAAGGCCCCUAAACCAGGUUAUGGAAGUCUAGGAGCUGGAGGUCUUGGAGGCGGCGGACUGGGAGCUGGAGGCUAUGGAGGAGGUGCUUAUGGAGGAUAUGGUGGAGGCGCCGGUGGAUUUUUCCCAGGAGCUGGACAAAAGGCUGCCAAAAGAGGUGCAGGAGGCCCGCUGCUACCACAAGGGGGGGCUGGAGGAGUAGGUGGGGGUCCUGGCGGCGCUGGAACUGGAGCUGGAGUGCCGGCUAGAGUGCCUGUUAUUCCUCAGACUGGUCUUCCAGGAGGGGCUGCUGGAGGUGCAGGAAAGAAAGCUGCCAAAGUGCCAGGGGUGGGUGUGCCUGGACUUUACCAAGGUGGAUUGGUGCCAGGAAAAGGAUUUGGUGGACGUGGAGUUCUGCCUGGGGUGGCCACUGGAACUGACCUGAGUCCCAAAUCAAUUGGAGGAGGAGGACAAGUAGGCCCAGGAGGCCGUGGGUAUGGUGGACCAAUGCAGCCAGGAGUUUUCCAUGGAUAUCCCCUUAAAUCACCCAAACUGCAAGGGGGCUAUGGUGCAAAGCCUGGAGGGGGAAAACUUCCCUUUGGUUACGGGGGCUUUGGUGCUGGUGGAGCUGGACUUCCAGGAGGACAAGGUGGCGGUGGGUCAAAGCCUGGAUAUCCUAUUGGAACUGGAGUGGGGCCUGGGGGCAUCUCUCCUGCUCAGGCUAAAGCUGCAAAAUAUGGUUUGGGUGGUGUUGGAGGCGUUGGUGGUGUUGGAGGUGUUGGAGGUGUUGGAGGCAUUGGAGGCGUUGGAGGUGUUGGAGGUGUUGGUGGCAUUGGAGGCGUUGGAGGUGUUGGAGGUGUUGGUGGUAUUGGUGGACUGUUUCCAGGACAGGUGCCAGGAGGGUAUGGAGCUGUUUCCAAAGCUGCUAAAUUUGGAGUACCAGGAGGUGUCCCUGGAGGGGUACCUGGAGGAGUGCCAGGAGGUGUCCCAGGAGGUGUCCCAGGAGGGGUACCUGGAGGGGUGCCAGGAGGUGUCCCUGGAGGGGUACCUGGAGGGGUGCCAGGAGGGGUACCUGGAGGUGCACCAAUUGGAGUUCCAGGGGCUGGAUAUUCACCAGCGGCCAAAGCUGCUAAAUAUGGCCUAGGAGGGACAGGGAGGCUGGGAGCAACAGGAGGACUAGGCGGAGCAGGUCUGGGUGGAGUAGGAGGACUGGGUGGAGUCGGAGGACUGGGUGGUGGAGGAUACUCUGCUGCUGCUAAAGCUGCUAAAUACGGGGUAGGAGGACUAGGAGGAACAGGAGGACUUGGUGCAGGAGGACUAGGAACGGGAGGACUGGGAGGAACAGGACUAGGGGGCGCAGGAACAUACCCUGGUGCUGCCAAAGCUGCUAAAUAUGGAGCAGGAGGAACAGGAGGACUCGGAGUAGGAGGACUUGGACCAGGAGGACUUGGAACAGGAGGACUCGGAGUAGGAGGACUUGGACCAGGAGGACUUGGAACAGGAGGAUACCCUAGUGCUGCCAAAGCUGCUAAAUAUGGAGUAGGAGGACUAGGAGGAGCAGGAGGACUAGGAACGGGGGGACUGGGAACGGGGGGACUGGGAACAGGACUGGGAGGUGGGGGAUACUCUGCUGCUGCUAAAGCUGCUAAAUAUGGUCAAGGUGGCGCAGGGGUAGUUCCAAGUGGAGGUAGAGGAGUAGUUCCUGGAGGCUCAUUUUUACCAGGAUAUGGCUCUUUGGCGGCUGGUGCCAAACCUCCUAAAUUUGGCGUCCCUGGAGCUGGCCUAGGAGGAGGAGGAUUCCCAGGGGGAGCAGGGCAGGUGCUGCCUGGUGGUGGUUUUGGUGGGUUUGGAGGUGGUGCUGGAGUCAAACCCCCAAAAUAUGGAGUAGCAGGAGGAGCUGGAACAGGUUUAGGAGUUGGUGGACUGGGAGUACCAGGAGGAGUACCAGGAGGAGUACCAGGAGGAGUACCAGGAGGAGUACCAGGAGGAGUACCAGGAGGAGUACCAGGAGGACUACCAGGAGGAGUACCAGGAGGAGUACCAGGAGGUGGACAAUAUUCUGCCGCUGCAAAAGCUGCUAAAUACGGAGUUACAGGAGGCGCUGGAAUAGGGCUAGGAACAGGAGUACUUGGAGGAGCAGGAGGAGUACCGGGAGGAGUACCGGGAGGAGUACCAGGAGGUGGACACUAUUCUGCCGCUGCAAAAGCUGCUAAAUACGGAGUUGCAGGAGGUGCUGGAGGAGGGUUAGGAACAGGAGUACUCCGAGUACCAGGAGGAGUAGGAGGAGUACCAGGAGGAGUAGGAGGAGUACCAGGAGGAGUAGGAGGAGUACCAGGAGGUGGACAAUAUUCUGCGGCCGCAAAAGCUGCUAAAUAUGGAGCAGGAUUAGGAGGAGUCCCUGGUGGAGUACCUGGAGGGGUUGGUGUUCCAGGAUAUCCAGGUGGUGUUAAACCACCAAAGCAUGGGGGCAUUGCUGGAACAGGAGUUGGAGUUCCAGGGCCGACGCCGGGUACAGCUGUUGGUGGUGCUCCAAAUGGUUCUGUUGUGCCAGGAAAGGAUGUUGGUCUUGGUGGAACUGCCCGACCAGGCCCCACUCCUAUUGCUGCUAUUAGCAAGGCCCCAGAGGUCCCACAGCCCAGUAAGACUUGUCGUUUGCAUAAAGUCCUUAACCAUGAAGUGAAAUACAUGGCACUUACUCUAUGUUGAAGCAAACUGUAGUUGAGUUGUAGUUUAUUUUCCACUCUGAUGUAGUAUGGGUCAGUCCACUCAGUAUUUGUGAAUGUGAUUGGGACUCUUCAUUCACAGCAUCCAGAUGCAGCAUUUUAGUGAUUACAGAUAAAAAUUCAAGUGCAAUUUGGUUUACAAAUACAAAAAGGGUAGAUUUCCACUCCUAGAACCUGCAGUGUUUUGCCAGUUCUUUAUUCAUUUUCUGGUUUGUUGCUACUGUUUUAUUUACAGUUGUUUGUCUAAAUCAAAUACAUUUCAUUUUUAGUAUGAUAGCAUACUUAGAAUUCAUAUGACCAAAAAUUACAGCAUCUAACUCAUAUUUUCUCGGGUUUAUAGAGAGUUGUUCACCUUCUCAAAUACUGUUUGGAAAGACUGUAUAAAUCUGUCUUUGGCAUGCGUUAGUUAGUUUACUAAGUAGAACUCUGUUUUACUUUGGGAUUGUGAAGACAUUCAGUUACAUCUUCCAGCAUUACAUGUGUUGUGCUAAGUGAAUUUAGCAGUUUUUGCCAGACACAAUUUUUGAAUGUGCAGGUUUCAUGUAGUGCUGGAAGAGAAAUUAAUAUAACCCAUCUUGUUCCUGAUGAUAGCAACAGUAGUAUAUCAGUUGUGACCAGUUUUCUCUCUUUCACAACCGCACUACUUUUCCUUUUACUAAUAGCUUGCUCUGCUUGAUGGAUUUCUUUCACAAAUAUCAUAGGUACAAUUUCUGGGAAAUUUAUUAUUCUGAGAGUAGUGAUAGAUUAAUCAUGUAAUGUCAUCUUUCCAUUUCUGAUGCUCUAAAGGCCUACAGAGCUUUGUUUUGACUGCACGAAUGUUUGCACUCAUCAGUUUGUUUUUCGCAGUGACGGGUUUUCCUGACAUUUGUAUGGUUUAAAGUUCUUGAUGUUAUUGCCAUUCAUGUCACAUUCUAAUAAUUUAGAGUUUUUUAUCAUUAUUUAUACGUGUAUAUAUAUAUAUACUGUGAAAUGGCUGCUAUAAAAUACCACUUUUCAGGA